AUCGAGUCCGCCGACCCAAGAAUUACCCUCGACUUCCCGAUUCGAAACGCUACACAAAGAAACGGGAACACAUAAAUAGAAUUGGCCGACGCGCAGUCGGCUACACCCGCCGCAAUGGACCAAGCCGACAUCCCCGCGCUGCUCUCGCGCCUGUCGUCCGACGAGGACGCCGCCCGCAAGAUGGCCGUGUUCAAACUGCAAUCCUCCAUCAACGACCCAGCCUUCGCCGACGUCUUCAUCUCCUCGGGCGGCCUCACCAUCCUGCGCCGCCUGAUCAUGAGCGCCGGCGGCAACACCCUCGCCUACUCGCUGCAGAGCCUGACCCGCCUGCUGGAGGUCGACAUGGGCUGGGACAUCUUCGAGGGCCCCGCCGCGGGGGACCUAGUGGAGCGCAUAGUCGAGCUGAUCGUAACCAACCCGCUGGUCAACAUCCUGCGCGGCGCCAUGUCCAUCCUGGUCGCCCUCGUCGGGCGGUCGCAGUCUUCGUCGGGCGGGCCAGCACCGGGCGGGCACGAGGGUGGGGGCCCGAACGAGACGGGCCUCUCGCCCCGGACACCGGCCGCGCUCCGCACCCCGGGCACGUUUGGCUUCCGCGCGCUCAAGCCCGCCGUGGCCGUAUACCCGCAGUUCUUCGAGCUGGUCAUCCAGCAGCUGCAGAGCGCCGACCAUGCGCUGUGCGCCAACGCGCUGAUGCUGAUCAACGCCCUGAUCCGGGACGCCGUGUCGAACGAUGGGAGCGUCAGCGGAACGGUAGCGCCCAAGAGCCCCGGCGCCAGCGCAGGCGAGGAGUGGAGCAAGUUCAUCAAGCGUCUGCAGGAUCUCGGCCUGAUCCGCGCUGUCUACAACCUGCUGCAGAGUUCGUCGCUGCAGGACCUGGCGCACCCGCUGUUGGAGUUCCAGUCGCUGACAAAGGUGCUGUUGAGGAAGUGGAGAGAGGUGAGGGUGGACUUGGAACGGCCGGAGCAUCGGAGGGCGCUUAAAGGGCUGCAUCUUGCGAGCGCACCCGAUAGGAGGCAUGCCAACGGCGUCGCCGGGGGGGCAACUGCGUCUGCGGACGAAGGGGAUGUAGCCAGGAAAAGCAGCAGGAGGCAUAACCCCGAGAAGUGGAGGCGGCUGGGCUUCGAGACGGAAUCCCCGGCCAUCGAGUUUGAAAUAGCCGGCUUUCUCGGCAUGAUGGACCUGACAGACUACGUGAGGAAGAACGAGGACGGUUUUCAAAAGCUGCUGCUCGAACAGUCGACGAGGCCGUUGAGCGAGCGGUGCCCUGUGGCAAGGGCAAGUCUGGCGGUCACCAUGAUUCUCUACGACCACUUCGAGGUGGACAAGUCGGACUUGGAGGAUAUCAGGGGUUAUUUGGCUCUCAACGACCCCAAGGCUCACGACAAGUUAUUCCACCCGUUGCUGCUGCAAUGGUCACGGCUACAUACCGCCGGGCUUCACGCCUUCUUUCGCCUGUGGAAGUCCACCGGAGCCCAGCGCGACGACUUCGACAAAGUAGCCGAACUGGUGCGUGUCCUCGUCGAGCAGGUGGUGGGCCGGUCAAGUAGGACAAAAGACGUGCUUGAGGUGGAAGACGAACUACAAGAGUACGAUGCGGCACGACUCCGGGAGUUGCAGAUGGAACUGUUGGAGCUGUCCUUCGAGGACCAAUGGGGCCCGCACCUCGUAUCAGUACGCGAAGAGCUCAAGCAUGAGGCACUGCAGUUCGUCAAGGAACAGCGGAUCAGGUGCCUCCUCCAAGGCAGCUGGUUCACCAAGCCGAUGCCGCACACCCGGCAGGAGAGCUACACCAAGCGGCGGCUGUACCAACCAUGGCGAUACGCCAAGCUCUCCCACAACCGCCGGUACCUCCACUACGCCGACUUCCCCGAGAAGCUGCCGUACGACCCCGGGCUGGACACCCUCACGGACAAGAUCGACCUGGGCACCAUCAGCUCGGUCGUCUCCAACGUGUCGGCCAACCCGGAGGCGGACGCCGCCGGCCCCGAAUCCGAAGCCGACUACAGCCCCAACUCCAGCAUGCCCAGCCUCCGCCACAACGGCGCCGCCAUCACCACCAAACCCACCACCAAGAUCACCAUCUACUCCUUCUCCGACGACCUGACCAUGGCCACCCCCAGCAUCGGCGCCCACACCCCGGACAACACCACCGUCAUCUCCACCCCCAACGGCCACAACCACAACCACAACCACGGCAACCACGGCAACCACGGCAACCACGGCAGCGGCGGCGGCACUAACGGAGCCAGCACCAGCACCAGCAACGGCGGCGAGGCCAGGGAGCAGCCCGUGCUGACGCUGUACCCGCCCACCCACAGCCUGGCGUCCGAGUGGCUCGACGGCCUGCUCAUGCUGCUGAGCCAGGCGCCCAUCACCGCCGAGACCAACAAGCUCGUCACGCUGGUGAGCGAGUACGGGUUGAAGAUUAGGUUGUUGAAUGUCAGGUUGGAGCAGAUCUAUGCUGGGCCGCCCGUAUCAGGAGGGGGUGGGGGUGGUGGGGGGAGUGGGAGUGGGAGUGGUGGGAAUGGGGGCGGGGUGGGGGUGGUGCCGAGUCGGGAGGGGUUGGAUGAGGAUUAUUUUUAUGAGAUUUGAUUUGCUUUGUUGGGGGGGGAGGAGAGGGAGGUUUGGGUUUGUGACGGGUUGAGUUAUCAGGGCAGGCCUAGUUGUUUCAUCUUUCCCUUCUCUUUUCUUCGUUUCGGGGAUUUUGUUUCUUGAGUGUUGUUCAAUUGGUCGCGGAUACCCACCCCAUACCCCGUUACUAUACCAUAGCUACUUUUAUACCCAUUUUCUGUGUUUUUAUAUUCAAGUUAGUUGUACAUACCAUAUUUGUAGUCAGUAACUGUACUUUUUUGCAGUUGCGCACCAUUCUACCUAGGAGUGGCUGGAUCGCUCUCGUUGAAUAGUACACUUUGCCCUGCUAAGUAGUCUGGAUGUAUUACUUCCUCAAAUAAAUAGUACUCUCUGUAAAUAGCUUCUGGAGAAAUCCAU